AUGGUUAACUUCACCGUUGAUGAGAUCCGUGGCCUCAUGGACAGGCCCACGAACAUCCGCAACAUGUCCGUCAUUGCCCACGUCGACCACGGCAAGUCGACCCUGACCGAUUCGCUGGUCUCCAAGGCCGGUAUCAUUGCCGGUGCCAAGGCCGGUGACACUCGCUUCAUGGACACCCGUGAUGACGAGAAGGAGCGUGGUAUUACCAUCAAGUCGACCGCCAUCUCGAUGUACUUCUCCAUGGACAAGGAGGACGUCGGCACCAUCUCGCAGAAGACCGACGGCAACGAGUUCCUGAUCAACCUGAUCGACUCGCCCGGUCACGUCGACUUCUCGUCCGAGGUCACGGCCGCCCUGCGUGUCACUGACGGUGCGCUCGUCGUCGUCGACUGCAUCGAGGGUGUCUGCGUCCAGACCGAGACUGUGCUGCGCCAGGCCCUUGGUGAGCGCAUUAAGCCCGUCGUCUGCCUCAACAAGGUCGACCGUGCCCUUCUCGAGCUCCAGGUCGGCAAGGAGGACCUCUACCAGUCGUUCCUGCGUACCAUUGAGUCGGUCAACGUCGUCAUCGCCACCUACAACGACCCCGUUCUCGGCGAGAGCCAGGUGUACCCCGAGAAGGGCACCGUCUCGUUCGCCUCUGGCCUCCACGGCUGGGCCUUCACCCUGCGCCAGUUCGCCGCCCGCUACUCGAAGAAGUUCGGUGUCGACAAGCAGAAGAUGAUGACCAAGCUCUGGGGCGACAACUUCUUCAACCCCAAGACCAAGAAGUGGACCACCAAGGACACCGACGCUGACGGCAAGCCCCUCGAGCGUGCCUUCAACAUGUUCAUCCUCGACCCCAUUUUCAAGGUCUUUGACUCGAUCAUGAACUUCAAGAAGGACGAGACGGCCAAGAUUCUCGAGAAGCUCGAGGUCAAGCUCACCUCGGACGAGCAGGACCUCGAGGGCAAGGCCCUGCUCAAGGUCGCCAUGCGCAAGUUCCUCCCCGCCGGUGACGCGCUGCUCGACAUGAUUGUCAUCCACCUUCCCUCGCCCGUCACUGCCCAGCGCUACCGUGUCGAGACCCUGUACGAGGGUCCCAUGGACGACGAGUCGGCCAUCGGCAUCCGCGACUGCGACCCCAACGGCCCGCUGAUGCUCUACGUCUCCAAGAUGGUCCCCACCUCGGACAAGGGCCGCUUCUACGCCUUCGGCCGUAUCUUUUCGGGCACCGUCCGCUCCGGCCCCAAGAUCCGCAUCCAGGGCCCCAACUACACGCCCGGCAAGAAGGACGACCUGUUCAUCAAGUCGAUCCAGCGUACCGUCCUCAUGAUGGGCCGCUACGUCGAGCCCCUCGAGGACUGCCCCGCCGGCAACAUCCUCGGCCUGGUCGGUGUCGACCAGUUCCUGCUCAAGUCGGGCACCCUCACCUCGUCCGAGACGGCCCACAACCUCAAGGUGAUGAAGUUCUCGGUCUCGCCCGUCGUCCAGGUCGCCGUCGAGGUCAAGAACGCCAACGAUCUGCCCAAGCUCGUCGAGGGUCUCAAGCGCCUCUCCAAGUCGGACCCCUGUGUGCAGGCCUGGAUCGCCGAGACUGGCGAGCACAUCGUCGCCGGUGCCGGUGAGCUCCACCUCGAGAUUGUGCUCAAGGACCUCGAGGAGGACCACGCCCAGAUCCCGCUCAAGAUCUCGGACCCCGUCGUCGGCUACCGCGAGACUGUCACGGCCGAGUCGUCGAUGACGGCGCUCUCCAAGUCGCAGAACAAGCACAACCGCAUGUACGUUGUGGCCAUGCCCCUCGAGGAGGAGCUGGUCAAGGAGAUCGAGGCCGGCAAGGUCACGCCGCGCGACGACCCCAAGAUCCGCGCCCGCCACCUGGCCGACGAGCACGGCUGGGACGUCGGCGAUGCCCGCAAGAUCUGGUGCUUUGGCCCCGAGACGACUGGCCCCAACGUCCUGGUCGACGUCACCAAGGGUGUCCAGUACCUCAACGAGAUCAAGGACUCGUGCGUCGCCGCCUUCCAGUGGGCCACCAAGGAGGGCGUCUGCGCCGAGGAGCCCGUCCGUGGCGUCCGCUACAACAUCCUCGACGUCACCCUCCACACCGACGCCAUCCACCGUGGCGGCGGACAGCUGAUCCCCGUCUGCCGCCGCGUGUGCUACGCCGCCUCGCUCCUCGCCAAGCCCUCGCUCCAGGAGCCCGUCUACCUCGUCGAGAUCCAGUGCCCCGACUCGGCCCUCGGCGGCAUCUACUCGUGCCUCAACCGUCGCCGCGGCGUCGUCUUCUCCGAGGAGCCCCGUGUCGGCACCCCCAUGGUCACCGUCAAGGCCUACCUCCCCGUCAUGGAGUCCUUCGGCUUCAACGCCGACCUCCGCCAGGCCACGGGCGGCCAGGCCUUCCCCCAGUCCGUCUUCGACCACUGGGCCCUCAUGAACGGAAGCCCCCUUGAGCCCGGCAAGCUCCAGGACAUCGUCACCUCGAUCCGCAAGAGGAAGGGCCUCAAGGAGGGCAUUCCCGGCCUUGAUAACUACCUUGACCGUCUCUAG